AUGGAGGCGGUGGCUGUGUAUCAUGGCAAAAUCAGCCGGGAGACGGGGGAGAAGCUCCUGCUUGCCACGGGUCUGGACGGCAGCUAUUUGCUGAGGGACAGCGAGAGCGUCCCGGGAGUGUACUGCCUGUGUGUUCUGUAUCAAGGUUACAUUUAUACAUACCGAGUGUCUCAGACAGAAACAGGUUCUUGGAGUGCUGAGACAGCACCUGGGGUACAUAAAAGAUUUUUCCGGAAAAUAAAAAAUCUCAUUUCAGCAUUUCAGAAGCCAGAUCAAGGUAUUGUAAUACCUUUGCAGUAUCCAGUUGAGAAGAAGCCCUCAGCUAGAAGUACACAAGGUGCUACAGGGAGAAGAGAAGAUCCUGAUGUCUUCCUGAAAGCACCAUGAAGAAAAAUAAAACACACCUUGUACUUUAUUUUCAGUAAUUUAAAUAUAUGCUAAGUCUUAUAUAUAAUUGAUAAUACAGUUCAGUGAGCUACAAAAGUAUUUCUGAAACCAUCAUAGUCCUGUAAUGGAAGCAUCUAUAGCAUGAUGUUAAAGCUGAAAUGGACUUUUCGGAUAAUGAGGAGCUUUGAAAUGAGGAUUGGGGAAAAAUAAUUCCACAGGUUAUUUUCAGUUAUUGUAUUUACAAAUGGGAAAUGACUUAAAACAUAAUGAUACUUUAUAAAAGAUUAAUGUCAAUUCUUGCCAAAUAUAAAUAAAAAUAAUCCUCAGUUUUUCUCAAAA